AUGAUAACAGACGCUCAACUGUACAGCCUGGCCAUCUUCCUCGGCAGCGCGGCGAUGCUGCUGAUCGUGCUGUACCACUUCCUCGAGGUCAACGCGCAGGGGGACGACAAGUUGAACGGAGAACUGCGGGAUGAGAAAGCCGGCGUGGGGGCUGUCAAACCACCGGCUUCGAUAUGGCACCGACUGUUGCAAAGCGAGACAUGGACGGAGCGUCGAAAGGUUACGACUGGUCUGACCGCCGACGAGCGAUGCCUCCGUCUGAAAUUCAGCCCGCUUCAAGGACAAGAAGACCGCGCCGUUCUGCCCAACGCGAAGAGGAGGACAAAGACACAACUCAGCACCGAAGAAAGAGCCGAAGAAUCCAGGAAAGAUCCGACCAACAUCACCCGCAAAAUCCGAGAAGCCCUGAGACCUCUCGCAUGGGCCUACGAUCACAAGAGAAACAAGCUGCAAACCAGCCAUGAGCUACAAGAGGAGGAGGACGGACAAAGCCACCGCAAAGACCAUCAGGAAAGCAACAACCUCGUCGGAAAGAGAAAGGCAAAGAUCCUACACCCUCACCGGCAGACCUAG